AUGGGCGCCUCGCGACACAAACCAAGCGGCGUGCGUCCACGCACCAUCCUACUAUGCUUUCUGGCCGCCGUCGCCGCGAUCCAGCUCUGGGCGCUGAGCUCGCACCAGCCGGCGAGCGCUGCCGGCGGGAGCGACGCGACGGUCCUGGAGCUCGAGCUGCCGCGCGGCGAGCCGCAGCCGGGAUACAGCGGCUACUAUUGCAAGGAGGACGGCCUCAAGUGCCACACGGCGAGCGGCAAGUGCUGGAAGGCGACGGUCUGCAACGAGCCCGCCGGCGCGCCGCCGCCGCGCGCGCCGCCGCCGCCCCCGCCGCCGCCGCCGCCGCCGCGAAAACCGCCGCCGCCGCCGCCGCCGCGCGCGCCGGCGCUCCGCGGCGCGGCGAGCGGCGGCAAGAAGAAGACCAUCGCCUACGCCAUCUCCGUCACCUCCGACGGCGGCAACUGGAACGGCAUCGACGGCGCGGCCGUCUCCGAGGCCGGGCGGAGCAAGCUGCGGCGCGUCGGGUUCCGCGUGCUCGAGAAGCCGUUGCCGGUCGAGGUCGAGGACAUCGAGGGCGACUUUUUGCGGUCGCGGAUUUCCUCGAACGGCUGCUGCGGCGCGUGGGAGCUGCUCAAGCUCUACGCGUGGUCCCUCACGGAGUACCACCGCGUCGUCCACCUCGACAUGGACUCGCUCGUGCUCCAGAACUUCGACGAGCUCUUCGACGACGAACCCGUCGAGGGCGCGGCGACGCUCAGCGCCGCGGCCGUCGCCGCGAACGACCGGAACCUGAAGAACGUCGACGCGAGCCUGCCACCGAUCGCCGGCGUCCACGGCCAGUACACUUUCGACUGGAACAUGGCCCAGAGGCCCUGGGGCGCGAACCCGCCCGUCCAGGGCGGCUUCUUCGUCGCCCGGCCGAACCUGGACGUCUUCGAGGAGAUGGUCGCCAUCGUCAGGAAGGGCGACUUCCGCGGCGGCUGGGGCGGCACGCGCGCGGGGUCCUUCUACGGCGGCAUGACGAUCCAGGGCCUGCUGCCCUACUACUUCCGCCACGUGCGGCCCCGGCUCGGCCGCGAGGUCCGGGGCUGCGUCUACAACAACAUGGCGUCGAACCCGCGGUCCGCGGGCGGCUUCGGCAAGGGCGAGUGCCGCGACGGCACGGUGCCCGGCGCCGGCGCCUACACGGGCGACAUCGCGAAAGGCGACUGCGACGACUGCCGCCUGACGGACGUCGCGGCCGUCAAGGUCGUCCACUUCACGAUCUGCCAGAAGCCGUGGAUCUGCCACGGCACGUCGACGAGCUGCUACUACUGCAAGAUCUGCAACGAGUUCCACAAGCUCUGGUUCGCCAUCCGCGAGGAGUUCGAGCGCGAGCGCGGCGUCUACGACGCGAGAAAGUACGACAACCCGAAGACGGCGCAGCGCCGCGGCAUGUGCACGAAGUUCUCCGAGGCCGGCUACAUCCCCAUCGACGUCGACCACCUCCCGGAGUCGUAA